AUGGAGCGCUUCGCAGUCUCGCGUCACCAAACGCAGGUUGCGCAAGACUUUGAUGCAUUUGAUCUACAUUGUGCCGCAUUAGAUAAGCCACCUGAUAUGGAGGACUUUGUGGGAACGGCAGUAGAUACCUUGCUCACUGAGGUAGAACGUUGGUUUAGAGACGCAGAGCUGGAUAUCAAGAACAUAGUCAAUUCGCACCCCUUUUAUGUCAUGUUUGAACCCUCGCUUGGAUGUGAUGCGCGAACAGACCACGUAAGUCCAAAGUCUGUCUAUCCCAUAUUUGUAGCAGACUUCUCUGAUGUUAUGUCCAGCCUUCAAUGUAAGAUAACGUCAAUAAUCGAACCCACCAUCCGGCAGCUUAUUGGCUCGCGCGAAGCUCUUAUUUUUGAUAGCUUUACAACGCAAAUGGCAGGGACAUCUGGCCAGGAUAUAGAAAUUCUUGCUUUGCAGCGGGAGUUAGACGCGCUUAAGGUGACUGCGAAAGACCUAAGCCUCCAAAAAGACGAAAUUCGAGACUCUCUCACCAAGGAAAUUAAUAUGCUGAGAGAGCAACUUUUCCAAAAGAAGGUCCGGAUAGGAGGUCUUUACAAGCCUGACUUUGCUCCUGGGUCAGGGAUGGAUGCCACCGCAGUUAUGCUGCCCGGAUCAGCAGGCGGCGGCUUUACACAGGCAGACAUUGAUCAUGCUGUGAAGGACGUUACAGAUAGAUUCAAUGAGGAGAAGAAGCGAAUAGAUGGAAAGCACCGCGCAGAGCUGCAGUCUGCAGAGACCCAGACUGCACGGCUUGCCACAGAAAUAGACGCAUUGAAGUCUCGUUUAGAGCAGGCAGAAGCAGAAGCGGAUGCUCUCCGCACACGUUGCGAGGAGGACGUCGAUAAGCAGAAGGCAUACUACGAUGAUCAGAUAGAGUAUUUAAAUUCACAAGUAGCUAGCUUAACUGAGGCGGCAAGAUCUGCUUCUGGUAUGUUUGAAGGCGAACUUGCCGCACGUGACAGAGAUAUAACUAAGCUAUCUGCAGAGCUGAGAGACUCCCUGGAGAGAGAAGACUAUCUGAAAGGGAUGAUGAACCAACUGAAACGUGAGCACAAGGAGGAGUUAGAUCAGCUACGCAAGCAAAACGUAAAAGAUCUUGAUGCACAAAAGGCCGAUCUUAUGGAGAAAGUUAAGGAAGCUGAGCGGACUCUUGCAGAGAUGCUAGCGAAGAAUACAGAUGGCCAGAUUGCAGAUCUUAUGGCAAAGCUACAGGAGCAAGAGCAACGUAAUGAGCGUCUAGAGAAGCAAUGUAAGGAGGUUCGCUCAGAGAUGGAAGACGCGAUAAAGGCUCUGCAGCAGCAGCAUGACGAGGAGGUGGAUAACAUUUACGCUGAAUACAACUCCAACAGCGUCAUCUCAGACCUCAGUGGAGCUGUCGAGGAUGCAGAGAAAGAGUUCAAGAAUACUCUCAAGUGCGUGGAUUUGAUAUUUAAUCGUCUAUUUGAUGAUCGUAACGGCGCCUUAACGAAGAUGCUCAUUACUAAGGACUUCAAUCCUGCAGAUUAUAGCGACAGUAAGAAGUACCAGAAAGCAGACACCAGUCAUUUCUCAACGGAAGUUAGCGACGAAUCUACGCUACGUACAGAGCCUACGAUUAGGGUGGGUGUCAGCGGCGUCGAAGACCUUAGCGAGUCGCUCCACGAUAUUGACAAAAGCAUGUCCGAUAGGUCUGGAAGAGCAACGAUCCCAACAAACUACCUGUACAAGACUGUUGAGAAGAUGAUCAAUCAACAACGGAUGGGAAAGUUAGCAAACAAGCAUCUAAAUAAAUCACUCAAGCAGCUUCUGGCAUGGAGUAAGGCAUAUGCAAACUCUAAGCUUGUUACAAACUUUGGAGGAGACUUCGGUCUUAGUCAGCUUUCUGUCUCGACGGACAACUCUAUGGUCAAAGAAGACUAUGGGACUAAGCGAAAACGUCACGACCUCACUGGGAUGUACGAUGCGCAAACCAAGAUUACAAGCGGGCCCCAUGAUGAUUUAGGGGAGCUGCGUGCGUUAAGACCGCUCGGAGCAGACACGGAGCUUAUCACAAGCAGAAUCAAGGAGGAGGACCAAGACUCCCGCUUACUAGACUCUGCUGGCUCUUCUCGAAAGGGAGGUCGGACACAGAAGAAGGGCUAUGGCAAAUCCGUUAAGACUACUGGCAGCCAAGAUUUGACAGAUGCAGAUUUAGAGCCCCCCGCAGAUCAACGAACACAUGAUGGUUACAGAAACGCUUAUGGCAACUAUGCAACCAUGCCAGACCGUGAAUUUGCCGACCAGUUCUUUACAGAUGAACAAGGAAUCCCGCAGCUCACAGUUAUCAAUUCAAUAGUGCUCUCAGAUCCUCAAUUGAUGAGUGAGAGGAUCGAUAAUUCAUAUCUGAACAAGUCCAAAGAAUUCCAUCAUGCCGAUGCAGCCUCGACUCGUGGUGGAGAUGCUCUAAGCGACGUGCAACCUUCUGGACCUGGGUCUACCUUGCAUACUAUUCAAGCAGUUGCUCCUUAUGAUACAGAGAAGAGCCUAAGCUCCGGCUCAGGGCGUCGGUUCGUGGAUGUAGGUGUGAACACCCAGAUUUGUACGACAGCCUGCGAUAAUGUUUACUUCACAAGUGACAAGGUACCCAUCCUAAUGCAAGCGUCACAUAGGUAUGAGUGUGGCGAUUGUCUUGCCAUCAGAAACGAGCUCAGUGAUCCUCAUACAAGUCAAGGCAGUAGUAGACAUACACCAGUCUCCGGUGCCUACAUGCCAGGACAAUACUACAGCUCUGAAGGCGGUGGGCUUUGUGGAGGCCGGUCUGUUGAAUGGAGAGGAAUUCGCUCAUCUGAUGCUCAAGAAGAGACUGACAGGAGGAACAGCGUUGUAAUCAUUCGCCCUACAGUUAAUUCUGCUGAGACAAACGAUGAACUCGGCAAGCUGCCAGGUUAUGAUGAUGACAAAAAUGCUACAAACAAUGAGUUUAGACAACGAACUUCGAUAGAUACGGCAAUGAAAGAUUCCACUGACCAUGAACACGCUGAAAUCCAUUUUGUCGUAAAUGAAAAUGGAGAGAGGUUUAUUCUUUGCCCACGUUGUGGCCUUCGGAUACCCUUAUCGGAAAUAGCAAAAGAAAUGAUGAUUAAUGCCGGCCCUCCCGCUUUUCUAUUCAAUAACUCUCCGGCAGCAGUCCCGACCAAACGUGGGAUGGAGCCACUAGCGCCUGGAACUUACCUUAGUGAGAAGGAGCUUUCACGACCACCCAGUAGUAAAGAAAUGCUACCCACUAUGUCUGGCAGGCCCUCUGGUUCUACAAAGGACGUGAUUGGCUUUGGUAGACCACCUCCAGUGGAUGAUCAUGAUGGCUUUACUGGUACCAAGUAUCAACCGUUCCCCCACAAGCCAUUCAAGAUUCCCCACUAUCCACCGUUCAAACCUGGUGCUCGGGGCGGUGCGUACACCAAUCCCAACAUGGAGGGAGUAUUUACUCGUAUCCUCCAACGAGCAGAGGAGCUACGCAUCCGCUAUUUGAGAAAGCGGGAGCUUAUCUUACAGGAACGUAAGCGGACCACAGAGCGGAUUUUACGAGCGCUUUCUCUCUUAACAGAUGCUCCAGUAGUGGCACAGCCUACACUAGUAUCAGAGAACAUGGGAAUCUUUGCCGUGACGCCUCCCGUCAUUAGACCUCAGACCGCGAUGAGUGGAAGCAACUCCGUCAACACUUCUGGACGCACAACAAGGAUGAGUAACAGUGCAAAUGCUACAUUUGGGGGUGACAAAGCAGAUAAGAAUCUAAACAGAUAUCUAUUUGGAAAUCUAUCCAAGCACGAAGAUUAUCCAGCUGGUGGUAUUGGCUUAGAGUACGAUACAUACGGUCACGCCAGCGCUGAUGCUCCGCGGAGGCUGAGUGGAGGAGGCCCCACGUCAAGGAUGUCCUCGGCCAAGAGCACGGCCUCUGCCAAAACACCUUUUGAAUAUAGACAGUGCAUCUUGCCACAAAAGCAAAAGCCCAUAGAUUAUGUAGCCAAAGGCCGCCAAACAAUUGCAGAGAGUAACCAGACAAAUGGGGAGGUUCUCGCCAGACUGAACAUCCCUGGGCGUCGCCCAUCUACGUCUCAGACUCCAAGCCUUGCACCGGGGUCCCGCAGGCAGAGCAUACACGAACCAAAUAGUGUCGUUCGCACCCAAGCCUCGAAAUCAGCUAGACCAAAUGUUAACGAGACAGCCAGUAAGAGGCGAAUCCAGAGCGCCCAAGUUUAUGGUGCAGGUAUUAUGGGGGAUGACAAUGCUCAGAAUACUAACAAUAGCAUCAAUGGACGUGAAGGGUCCGUGGAUGGCUUCAGGGGGUACGCAACCAAAGGUGCAGGAGGAAGCCGGAGAGCCCACGCUGCUUCUGCAUCUGAUCAAUAUAGGCCAAGGUCUGCAUACUCUGCCUUUCCAGCUAACGCUCUGGGGGACAGGUCGGCGCAUGGCUCUGGAAAGCUCAGCAAACAAGUGGGAGUGCAUGUGCAGCGGACACCUACCACUAAGAUGAGCGACGUGUUUGAUGUCCUCAGCACAGUAGGAAUGGUGCAAAAGCAGUGA